UGAAGGACUUGGAUGCAUUCUGAAACUAUCCGGUCAACCAGAGUGAUAAGUUUAAAGCAGUUUGGUGUGGUCCUCUGUCUGCAGACCUUGGUGCAUCCUGGCAACAACAUCAGUCAAUUCCUACUAUUGUGUGCUACAUAUAUACUUGUAAACCAUGUCGUCCUCACUGAACCUACCAACAGUGGCGAAGAACCCCAUCAAACGAGCUUCCGAACAUGCGCCAUUUGACCACAAAAACAUAAACGAAUGUGUUGGUCACUUGAGACAAUCUGUUGACGAUGUACUUCAAGUAGCGUCACUUGUCUUUGCCCACAACAUGACGGAUCACUACAGUAUUCAACCUACGGCACCCCCACCAGAGGGUGCAGCACAGGCAGCUAGUGCGUCCAUUGAGCACAGCCUAAUUGAGUUUGAAGAGAUGUGUGAUAAUGUAUACACCCUGGUACUCCAGACGCGCAAUCGUCUCUUGGCCCGAAUCAACGAUGACUACGGCCUGGGCUACGAUGUCAGCGCGAACAGUCCGGCGCAGGCGCCUCCCACGAGUGUGAAGAAAGAGGCAGGUGCCACAAGCACAACAGACGACAAGAUCAUGGCAGACGACAAGUAUCUAGCUUACUGCGCCACCAUUCUGUCACAGGUGACGAGUACGAUGGUCGUCAUAGACAAACUCACCGAGUUCGUCAACAAUACCACGUGAACUUUCCAUACUGGAAUGCACACAUGUUGAGUUGUGCGUAGCAUCGUACCUUGUUCGACCCCUCGUAGCUGCUGCCUGGCCUGCUUUACCCCAAGUCGGUCCGGCGAGGACAGCAUCAGCUCAGUACGUCGAUAACGGAUAUAUCAGACCAACAGUGUAUGUCACUGGGACUCUCAGGCUAUAGCACCUGUGCUCUUCUAUAUAGGGUGCACUCGUGUCCAAAUGUGCGGGACAAGGUGCCGCAACCAGGGCCGUCGACGCCCCGUCUUAGGCACUUUUCAGCCUUUUCUUUAACCCCAGGCUAAGGGGCAGCGCAGUAGGUAUACCAGCAGGUCAACUGGGGCUCACCUUGAGGUACGACGCUUGAGCACCUUUACGCGGUUGAGCGCUGAGUGACUGAGCUGGUUAUACGGUCCUGUCGAAUACGCAGUCCUCUUGCGCACUCCUCCCACUGUAUCUGCCUCGCGUUCGCAAUGUCACGUCGCGACAAAAGGGACGUGAGCUAGCAACCACAAUUAAACCUGUAUGGAUUCACCGCUCGUGCGUCCGAUGGCCCUAUGGCGUAAUUAGAAUAGAGAUAGUAUAUACGAAAUGAUGCACAAGUAUAUUCUCGUAGGUUUUGACCUCGCUGUUCAACGGAUUCACCCAUCCAUAAACCUCUUGCACGCGCUGAAUGGAUUGCUCGUGAAAUUUCCCCC